CCAUCGCUGCCAUGAAUCAUCAGCUGUCGUCAGAUUUUUAAGGAAAAACAAACCGCAUUCGAAACGUAAUACAGGAAAAUUCGUGUAAAUUUCGGUUUAAAACCAAUCCAGCAUGUCGGUGAACACGGCACACGCCAACAACGGCGUACUCAUCCACGCUGGGGAGUACAUCCUGCUGCACAGUGACAGCGUUUCCAUGGAGUUUUCCGGGCAGGACAGUCCCAUCUUCAAGGGAUCCAAGGCGGGCAGGAUCUACCUGACCUCCCACCGGAUGAUCUUCAACAACAAGAAGUCGUCGGACGCCAUGCAGUCGUUCAGUGCUCCGUUUGUGGCCCUGUCGGACGUGGAGAUUGAGCAGCCGGUUUUCGGGGCCAACUACAUCAAGGGAAAGGUGCGCGCCCAGCCCAACGGCAACUAUGUGGGCGAGGUCAAGUUCAAGCUUCACUUCAAGGCCGGCGGUGCCAUAGAAUAUGGCCAAGCUCUGUUGCGCUCCGCCAAGACUGCGAUGAACAACUACCAUCGCGGCGGCCUUGCUGGCGAUGAUCCGCCACCCUACCAGCCGGCUGGAGCUUGGAACGAGGCACCACCACCGGCAUACCAGCCGCCACCAGGUUACUACGGCUGGUUGCCGCAGCACGACGCCUUCAGUGGCCCGGCUCCGAACACGGUGUUCAUGAGCGACAAUCCGCCGCCGUAUCCGGGUAUUGCACCACCGGCACCCUACCAACAGCCAGCACAACCACAGCAGCCGCAGGCUCCGCCGCCGUCUGAACCCACUUGGUAUGGUUUUUCAGCACCGCCGCCACAGCAGCCGCAACAGCCGGGUUACGGACAGCAGCAGCCCGGUUUCGGGCAGCAACAGCCAGGCUAUGGACAACAGCAGGGCUGGGCCGGCGGUUAUGUCCAGCCACCGCCCUAUGGCGCUUGUGGUCCGCCCGCGAAUUGCCCGCCAGGAGCUCCGUAUGUGCAGCCGGCCCAGAACUACAAUGGACCUCCGCCGUAUGGUGGUUAUGGUAAUGUGCCCGGUGGAUUCAACACGCCGGGACUUCAGCAGCCGAAUGGUUAUCCGGGUGGAGCACCACCACCAAAUCAGCAGCCGUCGCAGGCUGCAGGGGCCGCUGGAGGAACUGCCGCUUCGGGAGUCAACUUUAUGGGCUUCAGCCUGCCGCCAGGAAAUUCCAAAGAAGCUGAGGCGGCAGCAAGUGCAUAUAAUACCCCAUAUAACCAAGGCGGACCCAGUGGAUCGGGAGGCGGUGACAUGCCACCUUCAUAUAAUAACUUGCCACCCAGCUAUGAUGAUGCCUCGAAAAAGCCCCACUAACUAUUAUUCCCAUAACGAAAAAUAUAAAUAUUAAAUGUAAUAAUCAGGGACUCUGAAAUACAAGUUAGCUAUUUGUGUUUUCUGUUAAUAAGACUUGGAAAUGUAAAAUGUAUUUCAAAAGAAAUUUAUAUGUCCAAGUUUUGUUGUAAAAAAUAACAAAUUUUAAUGAAUUUUAAAAUCGUUGUGACGGUCCCUGUUAAUAAUCAUUCAUUCCUUUGAGGUUUAUUCAUAAACGAAAUACGCGUAUUAAACAAAGUUAUUAUAUGGAUGUUUUACUCUCAAAAAAGUUUUAAAAAACUGUUGAUCUGUUUUUAAUUUUUUACUUUGAAUUCUGGUCACAAAAUAAAAUUUGGUUUAUAUUUUUGUAAUUUUAUUGGCUGAAAGCGUUGCUUUUUAUACGAGAAAAAUAUUAAAUACGUUUGUUAUACGAAAAUUAUGUAAACAUAUUUGAUCAUUUAUUAAAUAUAUAUGUAUACGAAAA